UGAGGCUCGAGAGUCUAGAAAGCUGCUCUUCGCUUUGUCUCUGGGCCAGGGAGGAUCGACGAUUUAUAUUUUUUCCUCUACUGUACUAACUGGGAGCGUUUGGACUAUUAAAACUUACAAUGCUAAUAGAGUAAACCUUCUUUUUUCCACUUCAAGUGUGUGAAAAGCAUUUGAUAUUGGGAAAGGCCCUGAAAAUCGUGUGAAAACAGUGUGUAUGUCCCUGACCGCCGCGGGGAGGAGGUAGGACGGCUGUCGAGGCGCUCCAGUUUUUCUCCCGUAAGGAAAGUGGAUAAAUGCUAGAAUGGUAUUAACACGACUUUCACAUUUUGGGGAGGUGUGUCCUCUGAGGGACCACAGCUACAGUGAUCCUGCUGCUCCUCCUUCUUACGCAUAUCUGCCUCCUGUCAAGCGUAUUUCUGUAUCUGGUUCAUCAAAAUCCUCUGCCACAUCUGCUUCACACUCUGCAUCAAACCAACCGGCCUCACCUGCAUCCUCCUCAGCCUCAGGUUCUUCAUCCCCCCCCUCCUCUCCUCCAUCAUAUUUCGCUUCUCAGUCUCCUUCUUCUGUAUCUUCCUCAUCAACAGUUUCCUCUUUCCUCUCAUACUUUUCUUCCACCUCUUCUUCAAGUUUAUCAUCUUCAGCAGUUGUCACAACACCAGCAGCAUCACCAACACCAUCAGGAACAGCCUGUGCAUCCCAGAGUGUACAUACUGUUCAAGUCACUAAAAUAGAACUUUUAGAUCUACCAAAUGAAAUAUUUGAGAAGGUAUUUUCAUACCUAUCCUACAAAAAGAUAUGUGAGAUCAGAUUGACUUGCAAGAGAUUUGAGCAGAUUGGCUCCAACAUCCUGAACAGCACCUUCCAGCGUCUCCAGAAUCAAAUGUUACUAAGGUUCCAGUCCAUCAAAGGGCAGAUGCCACGAAGGGAAAGUGCUCGACGAAAACACCCCUUGGCUCGGGAAUCUGACAUUAUUGAAACGCUGCACAUGCGCCUUACUCUUCUUCAGAUGUCAUUUGGAAAACACAUUGAACGUAAACAUUGCUGUUUCUUUGCUGGAGAUAUACUGGAUGAGGUGUACCGCAUCUUGUCUUACAUCAAGAAGACCCCUAACCUGGGACGAGCCUACAAAGUGACUGAUGAACUCUUUGACCUAUCCACAAUGGCCAUGGAAUACUUCAGAGAACACAUAGAACCUCGCCUCCCAGAAAUCACAUGCUUUGGAUCUGAUUUCCUUGAUAUUACUUCAAGAUUUUCUGAAGGGUGCGGAAUUCGGUCAUCUAGUGGCAGUGGACGAGUAUCUGAGCCAGAGGAUGAACUGCCAGAGCGAGAUCCUCUGCCACCUUCCAAUAUGGUUUUGCGCAAGAGGAUUAAACGUAUACGACAGGGCAUGAGGAGAUACAAUACUCAACUUGUUGCUCUUCGAAGGGAAUUAAAAGGAUGCAAAAGUAAGCUAGCUGACCAGUCUAAGCAGAACAUAGAGUUUGCAACACGUUUUGAUGAAUAUGACAAAAAGUUUGAAGAAUCUGCACGCAAAUUCAGCACAGUCCUUCAGGAACUGAACAAAUGCAAGACUGAGCUACAGUACUGGCGGUCCAAGUCCCCAGCUCAGGUGUGCUACAGCUGUGGUCAGUCAAUGGGUGAUGGGCCCAGCCAACAGUUACAGGCUGGCAACAUGGUGCAGGGAGGAGAGGAGUCCAUGGUUUAUAUUCCUCUCUCAACAGCAGCAGUUCCAGAGAGUGCAGAGAAGAGGGAACAUGCUGGUCUUCACUCCCACAAUGAGGUUCAAGACAGGUGGCAUGCAGUUAGGGACUCAGUGAGGAAUCUUGAUUAUGUUUUUGAUCCCUUUUGUCCAAGCUCAAUCAAGCCAGUGUCAGAAUCUUUAAGAAAGCCACAGGCCACUACCUUGAAACUCCAAGCUCCUUAUCAAAGUAUCUCCACUUCUCAGGCAUGUGUUUCAUCACAGGGCAUGCCUGAAUUUCAAGGCAAAACUGCCUCCCGAGCUUCCUCUCAUCCACCUCAUAACAGUAACCCAGCACAUGUGUCUCAGCCUGAAACUGCAUCAUUACCCCCAACCACCACUUCACAGACGAUGGCCUCUUCUCACAGUGACCAAGCCUCAACCCCUAAUUUGUCUGCCUCUCUUGUACCCACAAAGUCCCUUCCUCUCAACACAUCUCAAUCUCAGUCUGCCUUCCAUUCAUGUGCUGCCUCUCAUGACAUGCAGCAUCUCUGGGAUGCCAAUCAGGAGUGUGCCGAGGAUCUGUCAGUCUCGUGUCAGUACAAAAAUGAUAAUGCUGAGGAGUCUGAGAACAGCACUCAGAAGCGUCGUUCAAGUGAUGAGGAGAGUGAUAACUGUGAUUUUGUUGACGAUACUGUUGGCCAUAGAGUCAAACAGAGAAAACGAAUUAAGUUGGACAUUCAGUAAUUGUGUAAUACGAUGCCUUAACUAAGGGGGUUUUAUUUUGGAGAGAACUUUGGGAUUUUAGUUUGGAGAGGCUCUUAGUCAUUUCAAAACAUCUAAAGCUUUGUUUAGUAAGAUCAAGGUAUAGUAUUGGCCUUUCCAGCCAUUAUUACACAUAGUGGAAUUAUUAUUAGUUAUUUCAUGUAAAUUUCACUUCAAGCAUUUGCAUUUCAUACAUGCAUUAUCACAGAAUAUAAUCUGGGAGGCUAGGCAGUAUUCAUCUGUCAUUUUGUGAUUUCAUCCUAUAUUAAUGGUACAGAGCUUUUGAUAGUUUUAUUUUGUAAAUCCUAGGUCUUUAAAUGGUAACUAGAUGAACAUUCUCAGGCUUCUACAAUAGGAAAAAAUAAAUAAAUACAUGAAUUGAAGUAGAAAAUAUAUGGCCUAAGAAAUUGAAGAUAUAUUAAUAUAUAUAUUUUUGUUUCAUAUACACUGGGAUGGUAAAAGUAUGUAGUAAGUGACAUCUUGUAAUUUUUUCUUGAAUCUGUAAAAAUAGACUCAUACUGUCAGUUUUACGCAUGUGUGUGCUUGUUAUGUGAUUUGAAUAUUUUGGGAGUAUAAAUCUUUGUGACCUUUAUUAUAAACAACAACAGGAUGUGGGAGAUCAAACAUUAGCUCACUUCUAGCAGCAUAAAAGGUGUAGUAAGACACACUAAUAGUUUAGUAAAAGCAAAUUCAGAUGUUUGGUAAAAAGCAUGCACCACCUAUAAUAGUUGAGACAGAUUUCCUUGUGCCUACUGGACAACAAAAGUCAUUCUGCUUUCCUUAAUUCAAAUGAAGCAGCAGUUAGUUUGUCCAUAAGAUGGAAAUCAGAGGGCUUCUCAUGUCUGUCAUACAUAUGGAAACUUGCCUCAACUAUCAUAGAUCAAAUGCAGGUCCUUUUCUCUUGAGGUUUAGCACAAUUAAUACUUCCCACAGCUUGUUGAAUGUUAUGAAGUGAUGUUUCCCUCUCUCUGGUUAAAGAUGAAGAUGGUGGCACAACUUACAUACUGUUAUGAGCUGGCAGUAUGUUCAUCUCAAAGUCAUUGUACAUUAUGCCUUAUACUUACAGGGAUGUCUUGAUAAGAAAGUUGGCCAAUAUUUGGUUUCCCAUGUUCAGCUGUUCUGCAUAACAAUAUUGAUCAUAAGGAUUUGUAAUUUCAUUAUAGUUGUCACCUAACUUACUCACGAGAACAGCACAGGUACUAGUAUUAAGUUUCAAGUAAAGUACUUAUUGCAAGGAUUAUCCUGUUGGAACUGGGAAUGACAACUUUAUAUGUCAACAACUCCAGAAAGAGCUUGUAAUUUUUCAGGUAUCUAAAAGUUUUGUACUAUAUACUUAGCUAAAUGUUGCCACUGUGGCUUUUCUUUACUAAGUGCAGCAUUUACAGAGUAAGGCUGUGCAUUGUUUUCACCAACUUGAGUGGCAUGUCAUUUUAUUUUAUUUGUUAGAUUUGCUGUUAAAUAACAAAUAUGUAAAGACAAAAUUGAGCAGCAAAAUAUAAAGACAUUUCAGAGACAUGAAAGUUUGAUGAUUUUAGCAGAAUGUCAGUUCAUUGGCUGUAUCCCCACCUGAUCUCACAUGUUUAUGUCCAGUGCUAUAAGGAGCUUGAUUAUAGAUGUGUAACCUAAAGUUGUAUGACAAAAGAGAAAAGUUACCCUGCUAAAAUUACAUAUAAUUGACAGCUUUAAAAUAUAAAAUGUGGUCACUAGCAUCACCUGUUUAAGUAACAUGAUCAAGAAUAUAUAGUUCUUUUACAGAUCUAUCAAAGUUUUCUUUACAUCUUACUCAGAUUAUUUUUGCACUUUGCCAGUACCCAGAAGUUUAAAAAUUGUUAGAAUUCAAAACACUUCCAUUAUGAUUCUCUCUCUCUCUCUCUCUCUCUCUCUCUCUCUCUCUCUCUCUCUCUCUCUCUCUCUCUCUCUCUCUCUCUCUCUCUCUCUCUCUCUCUCUCUCUCUCUCUCUCUCUCUCUCUCUCUCUCUCCCAGCUUAUCUGUAUCCUUCCAUGGUGUGUUUGCUACACUUAGAUGCUAUUGGGGCUAAUAGUAUUGUUAUCAUUAUAAUUAUUAUAAGAUGAAGAUCUAUAGCAGUCAAAUUGCACAUGCAUCAGUGGUUUAUUUCACUUUUAAGUUAGUGAUCUUUGAGUGCUUAAGGUCAAAAGAUAUUUUCAACACAAGCAGUGGUCAUUUCCCAGGUAUGUGGGUUGGCUCUCCAGAUAGUUUGUGGUGAAGUACAUUAAUUAAUUGGUAGUAUUGUGUUAGAAUAUGGAAUGUGUCAUGACAUAAUACCUAAUGUGUGGUGCUUAUCAUAAGAGUAGGGAUGCAUCUUGUGCACAUUCCACUAGAAAGUGAUGUGCUUACUGACGAGUUGCACUCAUCACACGUUAUGAGCCCCUAAAGCUUAUUAUUAUUAUAAUUGUUAUUAUUAUUAUUAAUUAUUAUUAUUAUUAUUAUUAUUAUUAUUAUUAUCAUAUUCAUAUAUUUGUUUGUUUUCAGUCACAACAUACUGCUAAAAUUGGAUAUUUAAUCUCCUGUUAGUUAGUGUGGCUGAAAGGUUCAGGUCACUGGAAGGGCAUCAUGCAACUUUAGCAUAGCACAGGUUCAUGGGUAAUCUAGCAAGGCACACCUGCAUGAAUAAAUUGACAAGACAUGUCCUUAUAUAUGAAUAUUUUUGCCACACAUAGGUACAAGAUAAGAUGGCAGGACACAGGCAUAUCAAGGAGUAGAUUAAUUUGUUUUACUUUUCUUUAUUUUUGUAUUUAUUUUUUUUUAUUUAUUUUUACAAUUUGUCAUGUUUAGAGAGAAAUAGUAAUUGUGUGAUUUUCAUACCACAAAUUUCUAAGAAAAGUCAUUAUUACUUAAGUGACAUAAGUAAGACAGCUUUUUUUAAUAAAGCAUUUAAAAAUCAUUAGGAAGUUUUAAAGACAGAGUAGAAGAAUUUGGAAGACAAAAGGUAAUCAUCAGAUACCUUUGUUUUGCAGUAACUAAUUAUUGUGUAGUGUGUUUCUCUUCAGUAGUGGUAGAAUACCUUUUCUCCUUCAAAAAGAUACAUUUAAUGCCCUAAUACUUUAGUUCUUCAUUUUAUUCACUGUUUUAUUUUCUUGUGUGUGGAUAUGAAAUUGUGAUAAUUUGUGAACAAAUUUUGUUGCUGCACUAUAUUAUCUUCUACUUGAAAAACAAGACUGACUGGUAUACAUUGCUGUUUUGAUUUUCAUUCACGAUAGCAGAGCUUAUCAAGACCAAACACUUGCAGAACUUGAAAGUUAAUAGUAAAAAUAUUUUAAAUUACAAUAUGUAUUUCACAGAGUUGCGUUGUUUCCAACUUUAUUAGUCACCAUGCAUCAUUGUGCUUACAGAAAAGGUUUGUAAUAUGAUUGUUUGAGGUGAAAAUAGGAAGAAGUAAGUUUUGUGUUCCAUUAGAUGCUAGAUUGACCGUUCUAUUGCAUUACAAAUAAAAAGUGAGGCAACUAUUUUUCUUUAUCAAGUGGCUAUUCUAGUGUUAAAAUGAAGGCACAGACUGUUGAUGUAUCACAUGCUUUGAUCUCUCAUGAGCAAUUUGAUGCUCAACAUUUGCAGGCAUAGACAGUCUUUUAUGUGUUAACUGUGUAUUCCAAAAUAUUGCCUCAGUUUGAGUGAUUCUCCAUAGUGUACUGUACAUAGUUUUUCUCAAACAAGAGAAUAACAAAUUCUAAGAAAUUUGGUGUUGAAUGGUGCAUUAGAAAUAAUUAAAUAUCAGACCAAGAUACACAAAGAUAAUUUAUAUUAUAAAAUAACAGGUAAGCUGAAAAUUUUUUUUAAUAAAGUUUGAUGCAAGGAAGCAUUCUAAGAAGCAUAAAAAGACCAUCUUACUACAGCAGUGCAAUGCAUUAAGUUAUUCUUGUAAAAUGAUUUUAUAUUGUGUUGCUCAUUUACUGCCUUUUUUCUCUCUACAUUGGUGCCCACACUUGAGGAUCAACUUUUUGACCCUCCACAGUGCAGGAACAUGGAGUAUGAUAGUUACAAUGAGACUAAUGUGUACAGUACAUCAGAAUAUUAAUAACUUCUUGGGCACCAGAGAUCAAAAGAAUCUAUACUCAUUAGCAGAUUUUCAUCAAAAUUUUACACCAUGUCAAUGUAAAUUCUGUGAUUGCUCUUGUUCUGGUAAAAGAUAUGUUGUAGGUGACAUAUUGCCACAAAUAUAUAUAUAUAUAUAUAUAUAUAUAUAUAUAUAUAUAUAUAUAUAUAUAUAUAUAUAUAUAUAUAUAUAUAUAUAUAUAUAUAUAUAUAUAUAUAUACUGUGCCCAGAUUAUUAAUUGCUUAUUACUAUAGGAGGUGAAGGAAAAGUUAUAAAAAGGCACAGGGAAAAUGUUUUCUUGUUAUAUUGAGGUGAACUACUUUAUAUGUUUGAUAACUCUGUCCUUUUGAUCAUUGUUUAUUUGAACAUUUAUCUGAAUGAUUUUACUUAUUUAUUUUAUUAUUAUUAUUAUUAUUAUUAUUAUUAUUAUUAUUAUUAUUAUUAUUAUUAUUAUUAUUAUUAUUAUUAUCAUCUUUUUUUCAUGGUUAAAUCUGGCCAACAACUUUUGUUCUUUGCUUUGAUCCCUAAGUGAUGUAAUUUAUUAAUAACUAUAAGAACAUAUGUGUAAUUAAUGACAAUACUUGCAGUGUUUUUUUAUGCAGAAUGUUUCCACACAUGUAAUAUUCUUCCUUCUUUACAUGCCAAUAUGUGAAAGUUUUGGAUAGUUUGCAUGGGGUUGGCUACAGCAGUGGCUGUUUCAUGGAAGUCAACCCUUUUGGGGUUAUGUAAACUAGUGUGUGCUGUUGUGUCAUACAGUGUGACUGGGGCUGAAUCAUGGAAGUGCUCCAAGUAUGUAGUGUUACAGUUAUUGUAGAACUGAAAAUAUAUAUUAUUUAUCACUUGAUCAUUAUCAUUGCUAGUAAUAUAGGUUAUAAGUAUUAAUUGAUUAAUUAGUACAACACAUUUCUUUCUUGUGUAUGACGCAAUCUUUCUCCAUGUGUUUUGCUCUCCUCUUUUCCUGGAAUUGUUAAUAUAAUGCUCAUGUGCUCAAAUAAUUAUCAAAGGUUACUCUUCCGUAGAAGUUUGAUGCAAGUCAUAGAAAAAUACAUUUGCUGUCAUUGAAAAUCAGAAGUAAAUAAUUGGGGAAAUAGACAUUACAGUAUCAACCAGUCAUAAGACAGAGCACAGCAAGUAGGCGGUGUUCAGGUACAAAGCUGACACAAAAACUUGUCAAGCCAGUAUUUUUAGCCAGUGCAAUUAUUUUCAGCAAAGAAAUCUGAUUUUGCAAUUUAUUAAUGCCUUUAGUGUUACAACAAAAUUGCAGAAACCAAAGGAUCACAGGUUUACCUUAACAAAGGAAGUGGUAGUGUAGUCUUUGAUUUUUGUAUAUGUGGUUAUAUCCAACAAUAAAGAAUUAUUUAUAUA